AUGCGCUCUAACAUCUUCAGCGCAAACGAACUCGAACAACUACGACUCGAGGCUGUUCCGGCCUCCUCUCUUGCACCAGCUGAAGGACGUGUGUCUAUCGCAUCUAUGCAGGACUUAAAUGUCGGCGGUGCGGUAGACACUGGUUAUCAACCAUUGGCUGCUGACGGAGGGGCGGACGGAAUAGCUUCCCAGGACAACGAGCAGAUCAGGAGGAUUCUUGAAGAGGCGAUUCUGGAAGUGCGUGAGAUGCCUCUCGACGCGAGACCCCGGAUCCCCAGAAUAGCUCAGAGUCACCAUAGUCGGAAUGUCGUUGAGGCCGUUAACGAGAUGCUGCUUCCAUAUUUGGAGAACAGCAGCAGCCUCACUGAUACGAAUUCAAUCCUGUUUGGCGCCGCAAUGGCAGUAUGUCGGUAUAUCGGCGCCAAGCUCCAACCAAAUCGGCAGGUGACAGCUGCCGACGCUCAGCGUGUGAGAGAUGCCGAGCCUGCUUGGAAGCGCAGAAUUGAACGUCGUAUCAGUGACGCUAGAGUCCUUAUCGGCAAACUGAUUAGCUUCAGGACGGGCAACACGAGGCGAGAGUCUUGCGAUCGCAUAGACCUCCUGAAGCAGAAGGUGGCUGCUUGGAGCAAGCGCAUCCGGCGGUACUCGGAACGAGUUCAAAGGUAUCGCCAGAAUCGCCUCUUCGUGAGUGAUCAGAGGAAGUUCUACAGGUCCCUAGAACAGGCCAAUGUUAGCGCCGUCACCGAACGUCCAGCUGGACAGGAGAUGGUCACGUUCUGGCGCAACUUGUGGUCAAGACCUGUGGAGCAUGUGGAGGGCUCCUGGAUGCAGGUCAUUGAGGACUCGUGUGCGGGCAUACCACCGAUGAGCCCGGUUACUAUUAGCAAAGGUGAUAUUAAGGCUGCAGUCUGUAGUUCUUCACACUGGAAGUCUCCAGGCUGCGACGGACUGCAGCUUUACUGGCUAAAAAGUUUCCGGGCUUGUCACGAAACCCUCGCCAGACAGUUCCAGGAAGCCCUAGAUACAAAAGUGCUCCCCGCCUUCCUCACUACUGGGAUCACUCACCUCAUUCCAAAAUCGGAAAGUAUCGCGGAUCCGGCACAGUACCGGCCAAUAACGUGUCUUCCUACCACCUAUAAGACACUGACAUCCGUUCUGGAAACUAAGAUCUCACACCACAUAGACAGCUGUCGAGUACUGUCUGGUGCCCAGAACGGGUGUAGGCGUGGUAGCCGCGGUACUAAGGAACUCCUCUUGAUCGACGCGGUAGCUGGCCAGCAGGUCAAACGCAACCGACGAAAUUUCUCUGCCGCCUGGAUAGAUUAUAAAAAGGCAUUUGGCUCGGUCCCCCAUACAUGGCUGAAGAGGGUCCUCGAGCUGUAUAAGAUAGACGAUACAGUUCGAGACUUCCUCGGUGCCUGUAUGGGGCAAUGGAGUACAAUGCUUAGUCUAUCCGGUGUGCGGCUGUCGGCUGUAGAAGACCGAAUAAAGGUGAAUCGGGGUAUAUUUCAGGGUGAUUGUCUGAUUCCAUUGUGGUUUUGCCUGGCCCUGAAUUCCCCCAGUUCAUUACGGGAGGCUUCGAGGACAGGCUUUCAGUUCCGAAGGGGGGGCUCGAAGGUGUCCCACUUGUUCUACAUGGAUGACCUCAAGUUGUACGCUCCUCAUGCUGCAGGCCUCAGGCGACUGCUUGACAUCACUUGUGAUUUCAGUAGUCGCAUUAGGAUGAGGCUGGGAGUCGACAAGUGUGCGGUUCUCCAUGUAGAGAGAGGGAGCAUAGUCUCAUCGGAUCGUUUACCUGUAUCCGAUGGGAUAAACCUUCGGGCACUCUCCGAGGGAGAAACAUACCGGUACCUGGGCAUGUCGCAAAAUUUAGGUAUUGACGUGGCGGUCGUCAAACAGGCUGCAUGCGACGUGUUUUGUGAACGUUUGACAAAAGUGUGUAAGAGCCUUUUGUCGGGCGUGAAUAAGACAAGGGCGACAAAGGAACAGCAACACGCAUUCGAAUUCUUAAAAGAAAAACUAGUUACUGCCCCUCUACUUCAAUAUCCAAAUUUUUCAGAACCUUUUAAUGUUACUACAGAUGCAAAAUCUUAUGCUGUCAUGGCUCUUUACGCCACAGUCGCGCCGAAUCGAAUAUUAUCCCUAUCGCGCAUAGUCCCGGAAUUUAUUUUGAACCUACGACACAUAUAA